AUGGUAACUUUAAAACAAAUACUGGUCUUUCUACUAUCAAUAGGCGUUGUUGUGUAUACUUUUUAUGUGGUGGGAACAUUUAUGUUAUUCAUGUCGCGUCCGCGAAAUGUACCCAAAAUAUAUGUUUGGGUGUUUAAUUUGUUGGACAAUAAGUCCCGUUUGGAGACAAGUUUUGGUCCAAUUGUGUAUGAUACUCUAUACAUUAUUGGAUUUAUAUUACAACAUAGCUGUAUGAAAUCCGCACUUGUGAAAGGCCUAAUGGAAAAGUUGGGAUUGGCAGCAGCAGAACGUUCAAUAUAUUGCCUUACGUCAUCGUUAAGUUUACAUUAUCUCAUACGAAAUUGGCUACCAGCACAAUCUAUAGUGCUUUGGCAGGUGGAUGUGGCUUCUAGUAAUGUUUUAUGGUGGACGUUUGCACUCAUGCAUGCAUUUGCUUGGAUGAUAAUCUAUGGAGGUAGUCUGAUUAUGGAUUUGCCCGAAAUAUUGGGAGUGAAACAGGCUUAUUAUGAUAUGAAGGAUUACGCCCAGCCAAUUGCUUACAAAUCGUUUAGGUUGCGCCAUCUCUACACUCACGUACGACAUCCAUCUUUUGUCGGUUUAAGUGCGAUCUUUUGGAUUACAAAUCUUAUGACGAUUGAUCGAUUUUUGCUUGCUUCAUUAAUGACAUCAUAUAUGUAUCUUGCUUGGUCAACAGAUCGCAGCGAUGUAGCUUACCAACGUAACCAAUUACAACGUAAAGUGCAGGAACUUAGAAAUCAGUAAUUAGUUAUAAAAAGUUCAAAGCUUUUCUGAAUACAGAAUCUUAAUAUAAAAUCAAAGAUUUAUAUACAUCAUUUCAUUAACAGUAAUUUAUGUCUUAAAGUUUUCUAAAAAUUAAUAAAUAUUUUUAUACUAAUACAAAA